UUGCUCAUAUCUUUCAUAAGGGUAUGGUUAGAGCAACAUCUUUCGGGUUUAAUUACCUCGCCUUGCGAUGGCACGGUACUUUAUCUUGGUCCCGUUGAUCGCGAGACGCGUAUGCUGGAGCAAGUGAAGGGGGUUACUUACAAUAUGGAUGAGUUUCUGGGGGAUCACCGUCAACUUUAUCAGUGUGUUAUCUACCUCGCACCCGGUGAUUAUCACCACUUCCAAUCGCCUGCCGACUGGACAGUCAGAACUCGACGUCACUUUACUGGUGAGGCUUUCAAACUAUCUCAUAUUAUUCCUAUCUUUUUCUUGGAUCGGAUGUUCUUUACAGCCAGCUGUAAUCCUUCAACGUCCCCUUAUUGUCCCACAUACCAAUUGUUUGAUUUGGAGACAAUCUUGACGGAUUCAAUAUUGCUUUCAAAGUUUGUGGCAAAAACCAAAUGA